AUGACGUUCUCCAGGAACGCGCGCGGCGCGCUUCGGCUCACACCGCAGCUGUGCAACACCUGCCGGCGGACGACGGCCACGACAGCGCCGGCGGCGACAGCGGCGCGAGCUCUGAGCACACAACUCAGCCCCGUCAGACCCGUGCAGAGAUCAUUGGCCCGGACAACCAAUGCCCCCGUCGUGCCAUCGUCACGCGGCAUUGCUGCCUUUGCCGCGGCUGGCCCCUCCGACGCCACGCUCUCCCGCAUUCCCUCGACCGUCGACACCACAUCGGACAUCUACCAGGAGAACCUGGGCCUCAUGAAGGAGGCCAUGGAGCGUCUCGACCGCCUGACGCGAGCGGCCCAGCUUGGCGGCUCCGAAAAGGCGCGUGCCAAGCACGUGGGCCGUGGCAAGAUGCUGCCGCGCGACCGCGUGGCUGCCCUCGUCGACCCGGGCACCAGCUUUAUGGAGCUGUCUACGCUCGCUGGCGAGAACCUCUACGAAGAGGACGGCGGCAAGCCCCUGGCGCUGCCCUCGGGUGGCAUCAUCACGGGCAUCGGUGUCGUGGAAGGCGUCACCUGCAUGAUCGUGGCCAACGACAGCACCGUCAAGGGCGGCACCUACUACCCCAUCACCAUCAAGAAGCACCUGCGCGCCCAGGAGAUUGCUGCCCAGAACCGGCUGCCCUGCUUGUAUCUCGUGGACUCGGGCGGCGCCAACCUGCCGCACCAGGCCGACGUGUUCCCCGACCGCGACCACUUUGGUCGCAUCUUCUACAACCAGGCGCGCAUGUCUGCCCAGGGCAUCCCGCAGCUGGCCGUCGUCAUGGGGCCCUGCACGGCCGGUGGUGCCUACGUGCCGGCCAUGUCCGACGAGAGCAUUAUCGUCCAGAACCAGGGCCAUAUUUUCCUGGCCGGUCCCCCGCUCGUCAAGGCCGCCACCGGCGAGGAGGUGACGCCCGAGGAGCUCGGCGGUGGUCUGAUGCACUCGUCUGUGUCGGGAGUCACCGACUACCUGGCGGUCGACGAUGCCCACGCCAUUGCCCUGGCGCGUCGCAGCGUCGCCAACCUCAACUACCCGCAGCAGACGCCGAGCCUGGAGAAGACCACCGCCGCCGGCGCUGCCGCCACGUUUGCCGAGCCCGUUUCGGAUCCCGAGGAGCUGCUCGGCAUUGCCUCCACCAACCUGCGCCGGCCCAUCUCGGCCCAUGAGGUCAUUUCGCGCAUCGUCGACGGCUCUGCCUUUGCCGAGUUCAAAAAGGACUACGGAACCACGCUCGUCACCGGCUUUGCCCGCAUCUACGGCCAGCGUGUCGGCAUCGUGGCCAACAACGGUGUCCUGUUGUCGACGGCCGCCGUCAAGGGCGCCCACUUUAUUGAGCUGUGCUCCCAGCGCGGCAUCCCGCUGGUGUUCUUGCAAAACAUUUCGGGCUUCAUGGUGGGCAAGGAGGCCGAGCGCGAGGGCAUUGCCAAGCACGGCGCCAAGCUCGUCAACGCCGUCGCCUGUGCCGACGUGCCCAAGCUGACCGUCGUCGUCGGCGGCAGCUACGGCGCCGGCAACUACGGCAUGUGCGGCCGCGCCUACAGCCCGCGCUUCCUCUGGAUGUGGCCCAAUGCGCGCAUUGCCGUCAUGGGCAGCGAGCAGCUGGCCACGGUCAUGGAGACGGUCGGCCGGGCCGAUCCCGAGCUGCGCAACCGCAUUGAGCGCGAGAGCGACGCCGUCUACUCGAGUGCACGACUUUGGGAUGACGGCAUUAUUCCGCCGCAGCACACUCGCCGGUACCUUGGCCUCGGCCUGCGGGCCGCUAUGGGCGGGCGCAACGAGGUCGAGCCGAAUGCGACCAAGUUUGGUGUUUUUAGGAUGUAA